CCUACCAGGAAUUGAAACUCAUUUGUGCUAACUCCAAAGUUUUGGGUCAUUUCCUAGCUAUAGCAGCAGUACUAGUUUCUGUCWAGGCAAGAUACUUGCAAAACAAUGUCUGGGGUUGGAGGAUGGAGGGGAGGCAGCAGGUACAGGACAGCCACUGCCUCCAAUACUCCAUCUUCCUCUCAGGAUAAUCCCUGGGAUGGCAACAGGGAAACGGAGAAGAGUGAAAACACCCAGAAGGUGGGAUCUGACAAGGAGCGAAGAGGCCAAGCAUCAGUCUACCAACACCAGCAAGAGAGGUAUGUUGGCCCAUAUGUCUUGGUAACUCCAAAUGAAACCCGAAGAAAACAGUUGCAGCAAAUUGCUAAGAAAGAGCUUGAUGACCUGGAGCGAUGGAAGGAAGAACACAGGCCAGGGCCAAUURCAUUGGUGCCACAGAGACUGGGUGGAAAUGAAUCACAAGCUCAAGUAAGACAAAACCAGCAAAUGAUUCUCAUGCAAUCUAAAUACCAGAAAAAGCACAAGAGAGAAGAAUACAUAAAAGCAAAAAAGGCAGCUGAAGAAGCUGAAAUCCAGAAAAAGAAAGCAAUUCAGAGAGCAAAGGCAGAGAGACUUGAAGCUAAAAAAAGACAAGAAGAAAUGCAAAGAAGAGACAUGUUUCUUGAAGAUCAAAAGGUCAAAACCRAUGAAUUAUUGAACAGAUUGGAUGUGGGUUUGCCAAAGAGUGAUUCCUGUCAGAUUGCUAACCCUGGCCCAGAAUCUACAGCAUGGAAAAGAAGCCAUGCUUAUAAGCAAGCUCUUCGAGAGGAUGAAAACAGAAGAUUAGAGGAAAUGAAGCAAGAACAACAGAGAAAGGCUGAAUUAAUGGAAUUAAAACAAARGGAGAAAGAGGAAGCCAGGACAAGAGCACAUCAAAAUGAACAGAGGAGGGUAAAUAAUGCAUUCCUGGACCGCCUCCAGAACAAAACACAACCUAAUAACAUCAACCAACCUGAAUAUACUGGACUACCUCAAUAAUGGCACCUUGGGUACUGCAGAAAUAUUUACUUUUAUCGGCCGAGGCAAAAUGACCUCAUAAAAGCUUCAAGAAACUGCUUCUUUAUUGUGAUUCUUUUCUCACCCUGACUUCAGCGGCACACCCACUUCAUGAGCAAUCUGCAGAGACUGGUUUCUAGCUGUCAUUAUUCAUGCACACAUAUUUCAAACAGCUGAUUAUAAAAGUCCUAUUUAAUUUUUAAUAAGAAUAUGUGUCAUUUUUUUUUUGUAAAUCGUUUUGCCUCUUGCAGAAUGUAAUUAUCCCAGUCUUCACUAUCUCAGGAAAGGAAGACAUGAGUGACUGCAGAAACUGCAGUAAUAUCUGUGUUUACUUGCUGCUCUGUACCCAGAAAAAAAAACAUUUCAGAGACAAUCUAAAGAAGCAGGUAGAGAGUUUUCUUUUGGGAAGUAAAGGAGAAAUGUUGCUGGGGUUUUGUUUGUKUGUUUUGGUGGAAGUCUUGUGAAAUUAUUUUACUGUUGUACUCAACAGAAGACACUCAAGAAAAAAGAAUGCGUAUUGUAGACACUAUCUUUUAAAUCUGUUCUUAGAAAAAUACAACAUGAAAGAAAUAAAGCUUGAAA